AAUACUCCUCGUCCCUGAGCAACAAGCAACGACUGAAUGAUGUGUGGAUAAAUUCUCUAUUAAGGACUAACCUCACGUGCUCAUACGCGCAAGCGUCGCGUCGGUUUGAGUAUGCACAACGAAUGUGAUCUUGCGUUCCUGUCUCCUCCUCCUUCUCCCGGAGCCGACACAGAGAGGCGUUUCGUCAUGUGUAAAGAAACAGUUUUACCGCAAUGCUAUUUCAAUAGCUCUCUAGCUCUGCACGAGAGCCACUGACCCAAGAGGAAAGGGUGGUGCCGCGCACUGGCAUAGUCCAUGCGCGUUCACGCAUUUAUCUGGAGUCGGCUCAGCAGACAAGAACCGAGCGGAGCAGGUGUGCGCUUUCAGUCUGGACUCGGAGCUCCCCUCUCUCUCUCUCGUCUCUGACUUUGAUGGACUUACAUGCGGCUCGUUAACUGCAGUGGAUGACUCCAUAUGCGCGUUUAUUGCUCAGGGUGAAAGUGUCCUUCUUCAGAACACAGUUCAGUGGAGAUCUUCAUCAUGAACACAGGUAGUGAUUCCCAGUCUUCAGAUUCAGAUGCCUGGCGUUCACGUAGUGUGUCUGAAGGGUUAAGGAAUGGAGAUGCCAGUAGCUCGUCCUUGACUGCUAAAGGCUUCCGCAGCGUUAGACCGAACCUACAAGAUAAGAAAUCUCCCACAACGGUCCCUUUGCCUCCCCCUCGGAGAGAGAGCUAUCACAUGACCCCUAACCCCCCAUCUUACAGUUCCCUUGCAAUGCUGUCAGAUGCCUUCCUGUCUCCCCCACAGAGUCAUGAUAUCAUUCCCACAGGUUCUUACACCUCCUCAUACUCAUACUCUAAGACCACCCAAACCUCCACUAACCCCUCACUGGAGGAUCCCCCCUUGUCCCAACAAGCUCAUGCUAACAGUUUUAUCACUCAGGUUCUGGGAAACAAAUGGUCAUCUUCGAAAUUAACCACUGACCAACUAAAUACAGCACCUAACAAGACAAACGUGAUAAAAAUUGACCCUAAGUCUAAAACUAACCCAAAAAGUACAACUGCUCCCCCAGCUCAAGGCCCCACUGCAACUUCUGAAACACACUUAGCUUCUCUCUCCAUCCAGUUAGAUCCUCGCAGUCCAAAACCCCAAGCAGAGACCCAGUCAGGGCCUAAAUCUGAAUCCAGGAAAAACGCAGUGGACCUCGCUGACCCUAUCCGAGCCCCUGUCGUACCACCAAGACCAGCGAGCAGUUUGGUGCGUGAGUUUUCUCCUGUAAGAGGGAGCAUCGGCCCGCUCUCUUCUGGACCACCUUCCCCAGACCCAGCUCGUCAGUCACCGUAUAGCCGGGCCAGUCAGGAUUCCCCUGACUUCUUUUCAGGGCUAUUGCCCAAAGCCUUCUCACUGACACCUUUCGCCCCUCUGGAAUGUUCCGGGCUAAUGUCAGCCUCCCCUGCCCCAUCACCAGUAACUGUGUCAGCACUGAGUUAUUAUUCAUCAUCCACGGUUGGGCUGGAAGAGCUGAGGAUCUGCGGCAUGGACUCCUCCCCUGCGGCCACGCCCACCCCAUCCCCCACACUCAGCCACGCCUCCAAUACCACUGACGAGCUUCCUGCCGCCCUGUCAGCUGCCACGGGCACUAACGGUCAGAUGGCAGUGAAUGGAAGCUCUCAAUCUCAGAGGCCCUUUUCUCCACCUGUGUACCCACCUCCACCCCCAACCCUAAGCCCAGGCCUGGUAAAGAUCCAGCAGGGUCAUAGUUCAGAGGGUUCAGAGACAGUGAAGAGAGAGACCGUUGUCUCUGGUCAGACAGUGGUCAGUAGUUCUGUGCCCAUCGCUCGUUUCUCAGAGGAAGAAAAGAAAGUGUCCAUCCUAAAAGCUCCCCAUUACGAAGGCAUUGGACCAGUGGAUGAGUCAGGCAUUCCCAUCGCCAUCCGAACGACUGUGGACAGACCCAAGGACUGGUACAAGACCAUGUUCAAACAGAUCCACAUGGUUCAUAAAGCAGAUGAUGACUAUGGAGAUACAUAUAAUGCAACAUACGCUGUCAUAAACAAAGACAAUUACCCUCCUGUCCAUGCCCACCCCCCCCCUCGAACGCACACCUACCGUCCUCUCUCUAGAAAUACCUCCGACACGCCAGACACUGCCGUCCACCGAGAGCUCUCGCCUUCACCCGUGCCCCCUCCACCCCCUCCCAUGCCCUCUCUCCUCCAGCUCCACUCAAGAGACCUGGACAGAGAGAAAGAGUUCUCCCAUGACCCAAAUGAGUGGGGACCUCCAGAUCGAAAAGUGGAUACACGUAAAUACAGGGCGGAACCACGGAGCAUCUUUGAGUAUGAGCCUGGCAAAUCCUCCAUUCUUGAGCAAGAAAGGCCGACAUUUGAUUUAAACCCAGAUGACAUAGAUUUAGAGAACGAGCCUUGGUUUAAAUUCUUUUCCGAGUUGGAGUUUGGACGGCCGCCUCCUAAAAAGAGGUUGGAUUAUAAUCCUGACUACUCCACAUAUGCUGUGGCACAGUCAUCCCUCUAUCUCUCGCCUUCCGAACGACCUGAUGCGCCUUUAAGUUCUGCAAGUGACUACAGGAAAAGGCGAAAGUCGGAUUCAUCUGUCACUCAAGCCAACACAGGAAGUGAGCAGAAUGCCAGUCAAGUAUUUUCCCGCCCACUGGACUCCAAUAAAGCACAGACAUUGAAGAAGCCCACCAUACGUUCCUCCCCCUCCUCACCAUCCAGACCCAAAGCUGGAGACGCUAGUGAGUCACUCUCCUCCUGUAUGAGCUCUCCAGGUAUGGAGCGCCCUUCCUCUCGUCUCUCCUCAGACUCCCUCACUAUCUCCACACCAACCUGGCGUGGCUCCAAGCGAUCCAUCUGCUUCAAGAACGGUUGGCAGGUGGGCCGACAUGAAGCUGCAGAGACUUGGAGUAGUGUUGACGAUGAAUCUGUCGUGACUCCGUCAUCACCACGGCUCAAAUCACUCAGCUGUGAUGAUUUGUUGUCUGAUGGACAUGGUGCUAGUAAUGAUGGGAGAGCGUCCACUUCUGUGACUACCACUCGCUCUGAAAGUGCAGGUUCAUUGCUUGAUGAAGAUGCUCCUCAGACGCCUCAAGUAAAAAGCCUUACCUCAUCUCCCAGGGGGCGCCGUCAUCACCGGUGUAAGAUGCCACAUGAUUCUCCAGGUUUCCUUCAGCUCUACAAGAAAAUGCACCACAUAGACCGUGAGCAGCUGUUGCCCUCAGAGGUGAUUCGUUCUGUACGUGCACGGAUCCUCGAGCUGGAACGGCUACAGCAGCAACAGAGGCACAGCCUCCAUGGUUGGGCACCUUUCGGUAAUGAGGUACCUCAACACAUGGUCCCAAACCUUAUAUCAGAAUAUGAACAGCUCAUCCAGAAAUCAAAGUCAAUGCCAGACCUCGGUGACGAAAAUGCUCAUUCGGGCACCACCACACCAGGGUCCUCAAGGGCCAGCAGCUGUCCCAAACGACGCUUUUCUGUGGAAUCACUUUUAGAGGAAGAGGAUCCUCCAGAAAGGGCUCGAAGUCCCCCUGAGGGACACCCAAAACCGGGACCAGACAGCAGUAGCCUGGUGCCAAUUCAUGGGAAGAACCUGAGGCAUCAAGACUACUUGGACAAUGAGCAGGACGCCUGUGCCUCCGAAAUGAGCGACAUCCACAUAGAAGGAUCGUCAGUGUGUAGCGAAAGCGACCUGGAUCACUGUUCAUUUACCUCAUCAGAGAGCUUCUACGGUUCCGGGCAACAUCACCAUCAUGGACACCAUCACCAUAGACACCAUUACCAUCGCCACCAUCACGUGCACCAGAGUGUUGGUCAGAGUCAAGGUUACCAACACCGUCACCUGAUCAGCUCAUGUAAGGGUCGCUGUCCAGCAUCCUAUACACGAUUCACCACCAUGCUAAAACAUGAGCGACAACAAGAAAGGGCUCACCAGGAGUCCCACCCUGCCUCUACAUCUCCGCUAGCCCAGCAGUCACCCAGUGAGACAGGCCUUUCCAAACUGGCCUUCCUGGUCAGCCCUGUGCCUUUCCGCCGGAAACCAGGCUCCCCGCCGACCCAACGACGACACUGCAGGAGAGGUCGGCCAAAAUCCAAAACUGCAAUUUAUGAGGCUUUAGAUGCAGCUUUGCAGGACAUUUAUGACCACAUAAGGGCUGAAAAGGGGCAGGGACCAGCAAGCAUGCCAGAUGAUAGCAUAUUGCGGAGGUUAUUGGAGGAAUUGAUACCAGACGUGCACAAGCGUAGCUCCUCCUUGCGGGCUCAGAGAGGGUCCGGCUCCCCCUCCUCGCCUCACGUCCACCAGCCUUAUCAUGGAGCCCACCAAUGUGCCUCCUACCAGCAGCAACACCACCAUGCCGACUCCUCCAACAACAACCAGCAUAAUGCUAAUGCUAAUCUGCACUCUUAUUCAGAUCAGGGCUCUGAUACAGGACGUCUCACACCACAAAGCAGAAGACCCACACCAGAAAGAGAGGUCUCUUCUAAGCAGAUGACCUAUCUUAUAUUGUCUUCUCUCCUCCAUCAGAAACAGUCUACCAGGGCUAUUUAUGAUUUUAAAGCUCAGUCUGCCAAGGAACUCUCUUUUAAGAAAGGAGAUGCUGUCAACAUCAUCAGACAAAUUGACAGUAACUGGUACGAGGGGGAACACAGAGGACGGACUGGGAUUUUCCCCAUCUCUUAUGUCGAGAAGGUUGCAUCUCCAGAGCAGCAGCAGCCUGUCAGGCCUCCUCCUCCAGCUCAGGUUCGAGAGAUGGGAGAGGCCAAAGCACGAUACAAUUUCAAUGCUGACACUAACGUGGAGCUUUCUCUUAGAAAGGGGGAGCGAGUGAUCCUUCUAAGGAUGGUGGAUCAGAAUUGGUAUGAAGGAAAGAUUCCUGGCUCAAACAAGCAGGGCAUUUUCCCUGUGUCCUAUGUUGAUGUGAUCAAGGGCUCUCCUUCCAAGAGCCCCAGUCACCUUGGAGACACCCACACAUAUAAGGCACAUAAGAAAAUUAUGCAGGAUUCUCAGCAUUCAGGUGGUGAGCCCUUUCAAGCUGUGUACAACUAUGUGCCUCGUAAUGAGGAUGAGCUGGAGCUGAAGGAGGGGGACGUCAUUGAUGUCACUGAGAAAUGUGACGAUGGCUGGUUUGUGGGUACCUCUCAGAGAACCAGGUUAUUUGGAACAUUUCCAGGAAACUAUGUUAAACCGCUUUAACAAAGAGGAAACAAUGGCACAAAUACGGCCACUCCAGUGCCUACUGUGUAGGGCCAAUGAGGCACCUCACCUUUGAGAGUGUGUGUGUGUGUGUGUGUGUGUGUGUGUGUGUGUGU